UGACGUAGCUUCCGCCUGUUAGCACAACAAGGGAAGCUAACUUUUGUAGCCUCGAAAAUGAGUUUGUUUUUGCCAAAAUUAGCGUGCAAAAAAGACAUAGAUGAAGUCAUCAAAAGCGUAGCAGAAAAAGUCGUGGUUUUGCGGUUUGGGAGAGACGAAGACUCUGUUUGUCUCCAGCUCGAUGAGAUUCUGUCAAAAACUGCCCAUGACUUGAGCAACAUGGCGUCCAUCUACAUCGUUGAUGUGGAUAAAGCUCCCAUCUACACAAGAUACUUCGACAUCAGUUACAUCCCCUCCACUGUUUUCUUUUUCAACGGACAACACAUGAAAGUGGAUUAUGGCUCUCCAGAUCACACCAAGUUUGUUGGCAGCUUCAAGACCAAACAGGAUUUCAAGGAUCUGAUUGAGGUCAUAUACCGAGGGGCCAUGCGUGGGAAGAUGAUUGUCCAGAGUCCCAUAGAUCCUCGAAAUAUUCCCAAAUAUGAUCUCCUCUACCAUGGGAUUUAAAAUCAUCUGUGCGGCCUUACGAUCAUAAUGAUUUCCCACUGAGCAUCAUCAACCACAGCUGAUGAACUGAAAAACAUAUCUUUGAUAUUCAAGCAACUGUCUGAAUAAGUGAAUACAAGAGUAGGUUGGAAAGACUGAAAUCCACACACACGUUAGACUUAAACUUUAAGAAAUGACAAGGACACACAAUGAAAUGGGUUCUAUUAAUGUUCUCUUAGUCAAAUUUAUUAACAGCAGUACAAGCUUUAUGAAUGAAAAAUACUUUGAUUGUUCCAUAAUUUUUCAUUGUGCUCUUAGCCAUUCUCACGUCAUGUUUGAUAGAGAAGGUACGUUUUGAUAAAAUAGGUUCUGCUAAUUUAUUCUGAUUUCAUUUAUGCCUUGUGAAAAUGCAGUCAUCUCGAUGUUUCCCAUGGAAAAGAGCUGUAUUGUCAGCAGUGAGAUACAAUUCAUUUAUCCAAUGUACAUGCUCUGUUUUUUAUAAUAAACUUUUAUAUUUUAUUAUGUAGCAUCAUUAAUCACAACCCUCAGAGCAUCAGUUUAAAUAAAACUGCCAACUGAGUGUAAUUUCUGGACAAUUAACUAAAUAAUCAAUAAAACAAAUUCAUGAAUUAAUUAAUAGUGAAAUAAGUCGUAAUUGCAACCCUCCAUUAUACAACACCACACCUGUCUAAAUCUGAAGCUGUGCUGAUAUAAAAUAUCCGUCUUUGGUUGGUGGCCCAUACUAGUGCUGGGCGAUGAUUGAAUACUGUAAUUUAUCAUCUUUCAAUGGAAACAUAUUGUGAAUAAAUGAUAUAUCACUAUACCGUGAUACACAAUUACAUUGUCCAAAUCAAUAACAAGUGCACACUGACUCAAAUUUCUCAGAAAAUUAGAUUGUUUUCAUCCCUUUGAAUCUAAAGGUGUUCUUCCACGUUUAGAGUGGACUCUGUGCUGUCUCUUCUCCUUAUCUUGCUGGUCUGCUCCCAGCUCCAGAGUGAGGGAGGCUGUGUUCCCUGUAACUGUAACCCAGGUCUUGGAUGGGCUUGUUCCAGAAGUAGUCGUUGGUGCGUAGAGGGAAGAAGGGGGCCAUGAAGGCCUUCGCUCUCUGGGCUGGAGUUACUUCAUCACUGUCGGGGUAGGUAGCAUUAGGGUGGUCCUUAAACCAAUCCUCGAAAAUCCUGAUAACAAUUCACACAACACAGAGCGUAAUGUCACAAUCCUUCAUUAAUCAUUCUCAUUAAAAAAAACUGAAAGUAUUGAACUAAACUUAGCGUGAUGUUGAGCACAGAACAAUGUGGAAACCCAAAAAAAAGGAAGAGGGAAUUCAUACUAAGACACCUUACUCUGGAAGAUACCCACACAAUUUGUCUGACACAGACUCAUGUAACCUUCAGCAGAACUUUGUAAUGCAUUUUUACACUGAGCAAUGAUUUUGUCCCCCGUCACUUCUUUCGUGGGAUAUUUUGUGGCCAUUAAGGAAUAAAGAAACAAUUACAGCAGUCAAUCAACUCUGCCGGAAGAUGUUUUUAGAUCUUCAACUUAAGUAAAAGUACAAACACCACAAUGUGAAAAUACUCCUCUACAAGUCGCUGUCCUGUGAGAACCACGUACCUCAUAAAAGUCAACUUUUCACAGUGGCGGGCCGUGCAUUUUAUACUUGGGCCUUCUGUGCUGUCCUACU